AUGACAAAAACCAAGUACGAGCAGGAGAGGGAUGCAAAUAAAGGGGGCAAAGGGAAGAGACUAGUAUCUGACAAUCCAGAAUUUAACACUGAGUAUGAUCCUUCAUCUGACAUUGAUAACCAAUCUGACAGUGAUGAUAAUUCUGAUGAUGACCUCAAUAAUGAGGUCAAUACUGAGGAAAGACCAAUGGUUCCAGGAACUCGCCCGCAGCAGAAGAAGCAAAAGCCUAGUCCUCCUAGAUACACUAGGAAAAGUGUAGCCAUGUCUACGCCUGGUGCAAACACAGUACCUAGUCCUCCUAGAUUCACUAGGACCAGUGUAGCCAUGUCUACGCCUGGUGCAAACACAAUACCUAGUCCUCCUAGAUUCACCAGGUCCAGUGUAGCCAUGUCUUCGCCUGGUGCAAACACUGAGCAUAGUACUCCUAGAGCCACUGCUACCCUAUCUCAGCAACCUACUCCCACAACUAGUGUUAACCAAGCAGUUCCUGCAGACACCUCACCAGGUGGACAGAGCUCUAGGCAAAGCAAUGACAUCAAUGAGUCAGCUGAGCAAUUUGAUGCCGCUAAUUCAGAGGGUCAUACAUAUGAAGGAGAACCAAGAGAUGACUUAGUUCCAGCGCCCCCAAAGAAUGACCGCAAGAAAACCAUGGGUCAUGGCUUAGAGAAGAUGCUAAAUAGAGGAAAGAAGCGGGCUAUCCAAGUGGAUGAAGGGAAGAAAAGACAUGAUGUCCCACUUCAGGCAACGAAGCUGGCAUCAGAAACUGGUGUUGCCCUUAGAGACAACAUGCCCAUCUACACAUCAUGGAAGCUUUAUGACAAUGAUGCGGGAAAGGCAGAAGUAAAAAAAGUGCUUUACAAAGUGGCGUCAAGGUUGGAUGUGGAUGUUAAGAAUGAGGCACCAAGUAAAGCUACAUGCACUGAUAUCAUUAAGAGGGGAGUAAGGCAGACAAGGCAUCACCUGAAAAAGAAGUACUUCGAUGGGUCACUAACAGAAGAACAGUUGCUGGCCAAGCAACCUCCACCUAAAAUGAAGAAAGAGGAAUGGACCAAGCUGGUAGAGUACUGGUGUGACCCAAAGAAUCAGGAAAAAUGUGCUAAGAAUAAAGUAAACCGAGCCCAAGUGCAGCUUCAUCAAAGGACUGGAGCUAGGUCCUAUAUUGCCCAUCGAUACAGCCUAAGGACUAAGUACAACAACAUGGAGCCAGAUGCUGUUGAUUUCUUUGGGGAAUGUAUGAGUAGUCCCAAAAAUGGUUGUACUCCUCUUGCAAAUCAAAUAUAUGAACAAAUGGUUGUAGAGAAGGAAAGAGAGCCAGAAGAAGGAGAAGAACAAAAGUCUCCCUCUAAGAUUGUUGCUGACUAUCUUAGCCAGAUCAGUCGUUCAUCCACCUUCCUUCCUAACAUUGGUGUCCCUUGA